GGAGCCCAGGUCCCUCGGAGGGUCCCUGUCCCCGCACCCGCGGACCUCCCUGAUGUUCCCCUAAACCCACUCUUUCCUUUUAGGACUGACCAAGGCCAAUUGGCGUUCGGCGGGCACUACAUGGCUGAGGGCGAAGGGUUCUUUGCCAUGGCGGAGGACGAGCUGACCUGCGGCCCCUACAUCCCCCUGGGUGCUGACUUCGGUGGCGGCGGCGGCAGCUUCGGCGACCGCUGCUUGGACUAUUGCGAAAGCCCCACGGCGCACUGCAACGUGCUGAACUGGGAGCAAGUGCAGCGGCUGGACGGCAUCCUGAGCGAGACCAUCCCGAUCCACGGGCGCGGCAACUUCCCCACGCUCGAGCUGCAGCCGAGCCUGAUUGUGAAGGUGGUGCGGAGGCGUCUGGAGGAGAAGAGCAUAGGUGUCCGCGACGUGCGCCUCAACGGCUCGGCCGCUAGUCACGUCCUACACCAGGACAGUGGCCUGGGCUACAAGGACCUGGACCUCAUCUUCUGCGCUGACCUGCGUGGGGAAGAGGAGUUUCAGACUGUGAAGGACGUCGUGCUGGAUUGCCUGUUGGACUUCUUGCCCGAAGGGGUGAACAAGGAGAAGAUCACACCGCUCACUCUCAAGGAAGCUUACGUGCAGAAAAUGGUUAAAGUGUGCAAUGAUUCUGACCGGUGGAGUCUUAUAUCCCUGUCAAACAACAGCGGCAAAAAUGUGGAGCUGAAGUUUGUGGAUUCCCUCCGGAGGCAGUUCGAAUUCAGUGUAGACUCUUUUCAAAUCAAACUAGACUCUCUUCUCCUCUUUUACGAGUGUUCAGAGAACCCAAUGACAGAGACAUUUCACCCCACAAUAAUCGGCGAGAGUGUGUACGGUGAUUUCCAUGAAGCCUUUGACCACCUUUGCAACAAGAUCAUUGCCACCAGGAACCCAGAGGAAAUAAGAGGGGGAGGCCUGCUUAAGUACUGCAACCUCUUAGUGAGGGGCUUCAGGCCUGCCUCUGAUGAGAUCAAGACCCUCCAGAGGUACAUGUGCUCCAGGUUUUUUAUCGACUUCUCAGACAUUGGAGAGCAGCAGAGAAAGCUGGAAUCCUACUUGCAGAACCACUUCGUGGGUUUGGAAGACCGCAAGUAUGACUAUCUCAUGACCCUUCACGGAGUGGUAAAUGAGAGUACGGUGUGCCUGAUGGGACAUGAAAGGAGGCAGACUUUAAACCUUAUCACCAUGCUGGCAAUCCGGGUGCUAGCUGACCAAAAUGUCAUCCCUAAUGUGGCUAAUGUCACUUGCUAUUACCAGCCAGCCCCUUAUGUUGCGGAUGCUAACUUUAGCAAUUACUACAUUGCCCAAGUUCAGCCAGUAUUCACAUGCCAACAGCAGACAUACUCCACUUGGUUACCCUGCAAUUAAGAAUCACUUAAAAAUGUCCUGUGGGGAAGCCAUUUCAGACAGGAUAGGAAAAAAAGGAAAAGGAAAAAAUACAAAACAACAACAACAACAACAACAACAACAAAAAGGAGUGAUCCAUCCCUAAUUAGGGAUGUGUUGUGUGCACUGGGGACAUGCUCCGGAUUGCUUGGCAAUGCUUAUGGAUCUUUCCAUUGGUAAGGGAGCAUGAUCUCAACUUGUCACCCUCCUUAGCCACCCCCCCAUGGUCUCUACCCAAUUGGAUUGUGUCUUGAAACAAAAGAGGCCCAUUAGUAAAAGCAGCCAGGUUCUCCCAAGAUAACAAGGGAAUUAAAAAAAAAUGGCUCCAUUGUUGACAAUAUGGGUUUGCAGCAACUACUCCCAUAGCUCUGCCAUAGGGGAGGGGGAGUGGUGGGAAAACUUUUAAGAUGGCAUUCACAAAAGGGAAAAUACAGAGGAGAGAAGCCUUGUCUUAUCAGUUGAGGAGGUCAGGAAGUAACAAUACAGGGGGGAAAAGCGGGACUCCUCCUGGGGAUUACCAUCCGUCUUGCAGCAAGUGCUUUCUCUGGAAGGAUCCCGUUCUCCUCACAGAAACUGCUCAACCAAAUGAACAAUAGUAGUUUGAUGCUGUUCUCAUAACGAACAGUGGAACUUAAUGAUGACACAACCCAUUAAUUCCAGCUUUGUGCAUAGCUCGCGUUCUUAAAAUGUGAAGACGCAAGCAAAACCAGUUGUAGCCAAGAAAAUAUGCUCAAGGACCAAAGAUUUAACAGAUAAAAGUCCCCAAGCAGAAGAGAUAGACUAGGAUAUAUAAAGAGUUACUACUAUAUUUGUUACACACCAAUACACAUCAAAGUGCCUGUUGCUUCUAGAGGAUUUGAAGUGGAAAAAGUUAUUUUAUGGUUUAAUGGUUAUUUUAUUUUAUCAGGGACUCAAGAAAAAAAAUAAACAAACAUACAAGCUUGUGAAUGAAUGGUGGAGGAAAUGCCCUAUUUUUUUCUUGGCAAAUACCUAUAUAAAGUUGAUAUUGUUUGGUGUGAUGUUAUCAUAGGUACGUGUUCGUAUAUUGUUUGUGUGUAUGUACACACACAUAUAUGUGAUAUGUAUGUAUAUACACACACUCCUUUGUCUAUGACCUAUAAAAUAAUGUAUCAAAUAGGAAAUUUUAAAAUAUUGUGCAUUUUAUGUUUUUGCUAGGAUCAUAGAUGUCAUGGGCAUGUUGCAAUGACAAAUUAAAACCCAUAUAAAAAUGAGAGAAAUGGAGAGAAAUGAGUAAUAUAUUUGAUAGGAAGAGCAGAGAUUAUACAUUUUUAGUGAGGUUAUUUUUCUUCUCUUCAGUGAACCAGAAAAUUUCACAAAUGGGAGAAUAUUUGGUAGAACAUUUUUUUUAAUUGACUUGACCUGACAUUUUGACAGUCUGAACCUCUCCCCUUAAAUAAAUAGAAUCACAUGCCUUCAAGGCAUAGAACUUGUGGAUCAUGGAUCAGACAUAGGAUAAUUAAUCCAUAACUGCUUAAAAAGAAUUUCUGGGACCUGAACACUACUUCUUAAUAUUUAAAUAAACAUACAAAUGAGUGCAUUCUGCAUUUUGGACCACUAGAAUUUAAAUAAAUGUGAAAUGACCCUUUUUAAAGAGUAUUUGCACAACUGCAUAAAGUUUAUAUAUAGGAUAUAUAUUAUAUAUACAUUUUAUAAAUUUAUUCCAAUAUGAAACAUGUUUGAUCUGGUUGUCACACUGCAUAGAAAUAUUUAGUACUGUACAUUAAAUUGAAUCACUUUGAUUUGAUCAAACCCAACUUUAUUUUUUUUCCAAGAGACCAUUUAUAUACCUUUGUGAUAUGAGCUGAUAAUAUGCCUUCAGUUCAGUAACAGCUAAUCCUAGCUCCUGUCCCAGCCCUGUAGACACUGGUCUCUGAAAAUAUACUUCUAAAAGCAAAACAAAUGCAUUACAAACCUUCCCUUCUUGUUGUGAAACAAUCACAUAAUCUCCUUGAAUCUUUAUGAAUGACUGCUAAUUAUGAUAAUUCCUUUGCAGACUCCAUCAGUUACAGAGGAGCUAGGGAGGACAUAGCACCCUCACGUUGGCAGUGUGAUUUUUUUUUUUUUU